GGAGUACACCUUCACUCAUGCGUCAGAAAGAAGGCUGCUGCCUCAGCUUGAGCAGUCCUCUACGGGUGGAUGGAAUCAUUGGAUCAUAGUGUGACUUCCUGAAGCACUAUGGCACCAUCUUGGAAGAAUCACAAGAGUGCAGUAAGGGAAGGAGCUAUUUACUUUGUGCUGGGAGCGGUUGGAGGAUGUGCAUUAGGAGCCACUGUGACUCCAGUACACCAGACCAUGACUGAGAUUAUCUCAGGGUCACUAUUGAAACCAGUCAUGGAUGGAGUGAGGACUGUGGGGCCACUGGGUUUGGGGACUUUACUGGGGGCAACUGCAAUAUCCACAACAAUGGCCUCAGCUGCAGCAGGAGUGACUGUAGCUGCUUUAGUUACUUUGCUGCUCAUAACGCAAAAGAAAAACAAGUUGACGAGUGGAUUUGUGUGGAUUACAACCGGGGUAGCUGCAGCCCUUGCCACAACAUCCUGUGGAGCAGCACUUGGGUUUAUUAUAGAGAAACACAUCAUGAGUUCUGGGGUUGUUGCACUACUCUGGGCUCUAGGGAUAUUCACUUUGCUGAAAGCAUUCAUUCAUACUGUUGUACAGCUGGCAUUCAGAGAACGGCAAUGCUGUAGCAUAUUUGCCACUCAGACUGAGCAGCAAUACUCCGAGAGAUUGGACAUUUUGGAGGCUGAGCAGAGAGAGAAAGUCACUGUAGAGAUUGAACAAGUGAUGAUAGCUUUUGAGACAGAAAAAAGUGUUAAUGGAGAGAAUGCGCUGGAUUUCAGAGUUGCUUGGGAGGCCCAGCGACAGAACAGACAGGAAAUGGAGAAACAGCGAAGGAAAGCAAGAGAGAUGACAUUGGAGAAAAGGAGCAUUCAGGAGCGUCUGACCAAUGUUGUAAUAAAAUAUUUGGAGUUACUGACUCUCUCCAGCGUGCCAAUGACAGUGACUGCCGCUGUAACUGCUGGCUUUGGAAUCUUUGGAUUCGGUGACUACAGAUUUGUUUUUGUUGUCCUAUUAGCCCUAGUCCUCUGCAUGGCCUUCAUGUUAAUGAGGUUGAUGCAUUUGAAAUUCUGGAUGUUCACAGCUUGUGUAGGAAUGUUUGCCACAUUCGCCAUUGCUGUGCUCACAGUGCAUGCAGGACAGGAAGUACUGGAGAUGUCUGUAAGAAUGCGGAAGGCUGGACAGUUGCUAAGUAAGGAGAAUAUUGCUGCCAGCAUGGACCACAAAUCUUCAUUAGAAGCCAUAGCAUCAGGGUUUUUUGUAUCCAAAAUGUUCCAGAUUGCUUUAGGUGCCAUGGUUGGAGGUCUAUUGGAUCAGAAAGUGUUGGAUAAAGUUAUAGUGGGAGCAUCUGUUACAACAAUAGCACUUCUCUCUAUAGUUGAAACCUCGUCAAUAGCUCUUGGGAUUGGUGGUGUGACAGGGGCAUUGCUGGGGGCACUAGGGGCAGCUGGGGUGUCUAUGGGGGCAGCUGCAGCUUUAGCACUUCAGUGCUCCUCAUGGGUAGGAACCAUAAGCAUCACAGCUGGGAUGCUAUCUGGAGCUUUAGCCAUUGGAAACUGGGAAAUCACUAACAUUGGACUGCAGAUGCUUGUGGCCUACAUGUUUGCUAUUAUAAAUCCUUACUGAAUGAUUUCUGUUGUUAGGACUGAGGAUUUUAACCAUAGCCUAAUGAAUGGCAUUUAAAAAUAUACAUAAUUCAACUGCUGCUCAGCACGAUGCUGUUCCAGUGCAAUUCUGAAUUGAUGCAAAACAUUAAAAAAAAAAAAAAUCCCCCCAGUAGCGUAAUUUCAAAUUCAGCCACCAAAAGACCAGCUUUCAGUAAUCUAUGUUCAAAGAUAUCGUUUUUACCACUUUACUGUUUCACGUGUGUGCUAAACAGAUGCACAAUGUUUAACCAGCAGAAUCAUUUUAUUAAAUACAUCUAUAAACAGUUUUAAUUGUAUGGACUAAAUAUUUUUAAAUACCUUUUUUAUUGUCUAAAAUAUGGUCAUUUUCUAUAGCAAAGACACACAGUUGACAUGAGUUGUCACACACAGGGAGACCCAUAAGAAGUUAGAGACAAUGAGGAGAAGGAGAGAAUAUGAACCAAGGGUCACAUUGUGUGCCAUUAGUUGGACAUAUAGAGGUAUAGAUACUCAACAACUGACAAGACAACAAUUUUCUGUUAUUUUUCCUUUUUUUCAGUUCGUAAUUGCAGCAUGUUUCUGUAUCUUUUAACUGUAUUACCCAUUUAUUUACAGAUGUGUCCAACACCUUUUGUUGGACACGUAUAAAUACAUCAAACAAGAUGUUUUUUUUUAAACUUAUUUUUAAUUAUCCCAGAAUUCAUACAAUCCUCUGUUACUACAGUAACCCAUUAUGUGCUAGUUAGAUAAAUUACUAGCCUCAGCCAUUAAGUAGCUUUUGUCCUGCAUGUUAACCAGGGACUAUUGUGUGUUUGACUUCCCUGUUGAAAGCGCAAAUUUGUAAGUUUUGUCCAAAUGUGCCAAAACACCACAGUUCGCUUCAGGUGGUUGAACCAUUACAAUCAUUACAUGUCACAAGCUAGCCAGUGUUUGCUAUCGAAAAAUAAAAUGUUGUUUUAGAACAAUAUGCACCAAGUACAAAAUGUAAAUAUUUAAAUAAAGUAAUUUUACUUGGUUGCUAUAUUUAAGUAUUAUUUUGGUGUAUGCAUGUUUUACUUGAGUAAAAUUGACAUUGAAUACUUGUAUUCUUACUUAAUUUCAUCCCCCCCCCCAAAAAAAAACCCCCAACCUCCCUUGAGUUUUACUCCUUGUGUUUUUAUUUAGAUCUUCAAAAUGUACUCAUUAUGAAAAAAAAAAUAUAUAAAUUUAAUCUUG